CAGCAGGCUCUGCAGUUUUCAUUAACAGCAGAGCCCAAGAAUCCACAAAUUUCUAUAUUUAUGGAAGAAGAUGCGUUUUAACAAGUGUCAGCGACUCAGCGGAACAGCUUUCAAGUUCAACACAGAUACACUGUUCCGCCAAAACCAUUAUUAUUGUAGCUUUUUAGGUGGUGGCGGUGGUUCAUUCCGAUCUGGAACAACAAAUGACAACGAUGGCCGAAACAACCUUCUCCAAACUCUCCGACGAUGUGGUCCUCAACAUCUUCUCCAAGCUUGAAGAUGAUCCGCGUCACUGGGCCAGAUUGGCUUGCGUCUGCACCAAGUUCUCUUCUCUUAUUCGAAACAUUUGCUGGAAGGACAAGUGCAACGCCGCCAUCCCCGCUGUCGUUUCGGAUCUCCUUUUCUCCUCGUCAUCGGCGCCGCCUGGAGGCUGGGCUGCCCUUUUUAAGCUCUCCGUCUGCUGCCCUGGCCUUCUCAACGUCGGGUUUUUAUUCAAGGAUUCAGACUUUGGCCUUGAACGUGAGCUUGGCCCAGAUGAGAAUUUCAGCUUAGCUGGCACGGCAAUCAAACAUCCAUGCUCCAAUUGUGAUCUAGUAGUGUCUGCUUCUGCUGCUGGUGGUGCUGGUACGUCUGUCUCUGACUCUGAUUGCUCUUGGUCGAUGUACGACGAUCUGUAUUUCGACACCGUUUAUGAUGUCUCCGAAGGGCCAGAUGCGGUUCAGAGUAGUAACGAGGAGGUCGUGGAGAAGGGGUACGGGAGAGUUGGGCAUGAUUUUCAUACGCGUAAGAGGAGAAAAAUUUGUCGAUUGCUUAGGUCUCAUUUGGCGUCAGGGGUUUGGAAUUUGAGUCGGGAGCAAGGGAACAAGCUGUUGGCGAGCCAAUUUAGGGAUGAUUGUUUGUAUAUCUGCGAUUUUCCUGGGUGUAUACACAUCGAAGAGAAGCGAAAUUACAUGCUUUUCAGGGGUGUUUUCAAAAACUUCAAGCGGUCCCGGGUGUGGAGGACAAUCAAUGAUGGGAACCGCAGGAAGAUUGAUCUGAAUUGUGCUUUUUGUGCGUGCAAUGAGACCUGGGAUCUGCACUCUGCAUUCUGUUUGAGGCGGGUCUUUCGGGGUUUCCAUGACGAUGGAGACCCUAUUGUUCGAGCUUAUGUCUGUGAGAAUGGGCAUGUUUCUGGGGCCUGGACUGACUUGCCAUUAUACACUUAAUCUGAUUCUGGUUGCUUCUGAAUUGGUAUUCCUUUUCUUUUCGUGUUCUUUUAAUCUACAUUGGUCUUGUUAGUUUGAGAGCUUAGAGAUUGGGAAAUUGUUUAGGUAUAUUUGCUUUUGUGCUUCUGUAUGCUUUUGCUUUACCAUGUUCAUUGUAAUUGUUAUUCAGAUGAUAUGCUAUUAUUUGGCUUGAGUUCUAAUGAAGAACUAUUUGGUUCAAUUUCAAUGAUCGUGUUGACUGUUGAGAGUUGCUA